AUGCCCCGAUGGGGAAGACCACCGGGGGCACGACUGGGGAGACCAAUCUGGAGACAGGCAGGACAGUGGGAACAGGAUGAGUUACAAGUUGAUGCUAUGAGCAGUGGGGAGGGUGAUAGGUAUAUGUUACGGGAGAGUCGUUCGCUUUAUCCCCAGCAACUGGUGCCUGGCAUGGACGUUGAUGGAAGAAGCGGAUGGUGGAGGAAAAACUUGGGUUACGAUGAGUAUGCCUAUGAGACAGGACCCGUCGACGGGGUGGACUAUGACCUGUCUGAUGGCACCGACAGCAGGGUGGCUUAUGCGGUGCAGCUCGCCAUGAAGGAUGAGGAGGAGUGGUUGGUGGACAAGGCACUGGAACGGAUCCGGCACGCACAGGAUCUGGGUCAAAAGAACGUGCGAUUGUCAAAGCGAGAGGUGGAGGCCUUGGAGCGCAAGCGGGCGCAGAAGAGCAACUCGGAUGAUCCCUGGAGAAAGAAGGGCAUCGCAAAGGCGCCUUCUGUGGAUGAUAGGCGGACCAGACAAACAGAUAACGGGAUCGCGGGGAAGACCAGAUCACAGCGGAGCGGGUCUGGGGCGUCGCCAGACAGGCCUUCUUCUUUUCUCGCAGACAGUGCCUGGAUACAAUCGUCUCAGCGGCCGCGGACGCCUACGACCCCGGGCCCUCGUCCCAAACACUCUAGUCCGUCGCUACGCCCUCCGCUGCCGCCGCAGUAUGCCCCCGAACGCUUUUAUUCCGCCCCCGCUAUCAGCCCCCAAUCAUCUCCGAGAAAACAACCGUUCAUGCGUUCCUAUGCGGAAUCUCAAUGGAUGUCCCCGUAUCCGAAUCUGUCGCCUGUGGCACCCUAUCCAAUGGACCAACCUCCAUACCCGACCCAUAUGGUUGGGCCCCAGAGUCAUACGUUGUCUUACAAGCCCAGCCAUCAAUCGCUCCAUGACGAGCGCCUCUACAGCAACGCGCCAGAUGCCAAUUCUCCCCGUCGCGCUCUUCUGGGAUCCGCUCUGCACGAUUCCAACGGGGACAAAAAAGAUGGUUCGAAAGAUAGUGGUGAUGAAGUACCGAUCGUGGACGUGGUGCAACGGAAAGUGCCUAUUGGUUCUCCGACCCGGAGCAAUGUGGGAAGAGGUCUUCAACGGGUCAAUCGUCGUUAA